AUGCUAGCCCGACAACCUCCGUUUUUCCCUGUCAUUGCACUAACUUCCCACAGGUCUCUUCCCUUGCCAGUUGCGCAAAGGCACCCCACGCUGGAUCUAGGCAAUGCCGAAACGAUCCUCCGCUUAUCCUCGCUGGAACACCAUGCUGCCACCCAGUCUGCCGAGCUCAGGCCUCCUACAACGGGGGGGACAGAGGAUGCCACCGAGGAUGAUCCAAAGGUUAACUUGGAGGCGAGGGACCUUUGGACACAAUUCCACAAAUUCGGCACUGAAAUGGUCAUAACAAAAUCAGGAAGGUGCAUGUUUCCAGCGUUCAAAGUCAGAUGUACUGGCUUGAACAAAAUGGCAAAAUAUAUUUUGCUGAUGGAUAUUGUGGCGGCCGACGAGUGCAGGUACAAGUUUCACAACUCACAUUGGAUGGUAGCAGGAAAGGCAGAUCCUGAAAUGCCAAAGAGGAUGUACAUACACCCAGACAGUCCCGCUUCUGGCGAGCAAUGGAUGUCAAAAGUGGUCAAUUUUCACAAACUAAAAUUGACAAACAACAUCUUGGACAAGCAUGGGUUUGUACGUUCCAAAUACGCGUUUUGUGUUCAUAAUACGAUUCUUAACUCAAUGCACAAAUACCAGGUUAGGUUUCACGUUGUGAGGGCCAACGAUAUCCUCCAACUGCCAUAUAGCACGUUCAUGACCUAUGUCUUUUCUGAGACAGAAUUCAUCGCUGUAACUGCAUAUCAAAACGAUAAGAUUACACAACUGAAAAUUGAUAACAAUCCUUUCGCCAAAGGAUUCCGUGACACUGGCAAUGGGAGAAGAGAAAAAAGGAAACAACUGGGGAUUAAUACACAAAAAUCCAAUGAGACGCGAAUGCAAGAAGACAAUGAAAUCUCUUGUGAUUCUUUGGAUGAGGCUCCACUGAAAAGCGCAGGAAACUCAUCCGUCAACAUGCAGGGGAGAACUUUCUCCAGUGUAGCAGCCAUGGGUCACAGGCUGGCAGCUGUGUCAUCUGGCGGAGUGUGCGCCAUGGGCACGGCUGGGCCUCACCGUUUCUCCAAUUGGUGGUAUUUCCCCCUACCCCUACUCUUAUUUGGCAGCAGCGGCUCCUCAGUCCACCACAGCAUCGACCCCAGUGCGCCCUCGAACCCGGUUCAGACCCUACUCCAUUCCUAA